AUGGAAAUUCUUUCAUCGUUGGCUUGUAGAUACGCUAGUGGAAAUCAACUGCGAGACAUCGACUUGGUAAUGAAAAACGGAGUCAAGCUGCUAGCAGCGGAUUUCGAAGACAACAGAAUAAGAGCGAUCAGUAAAAACACCUUUGCAAGAUGUACCAAGUUGAUGCAUUUGUAUUUAAACUCGAAUGAUUUGACUAGUAUAGGAGCGGACGCAUUCAAGAGUUGCACCAACCUUCAACAUUUAUCCCUGGAGAGAAACAAGAUAUCAACCAUAUCAGCAAAGGAAUUGACUGGCCCGAAGUUCAUCGAGACCUUGAAAAUUUCAGGAAAUCAUUUGAAGGAACUCGGCCCGGAUACUUUUGAAGGACUACAGAUACAAGAAUUAUGGAUACGAAGCAACGAUUUGCAACUGUUAAGGGCACACACCUUUGGUAUCGUCCCCAAGCUCAGCUGGAUAACGUUAGACGUCAAUAGAAUUCCCGAGAUUCCAACCAGUUUGUUUGUGGAUCCUUCGAACAAACAGCAUAGAAAAGAAAUCCAAACAUUUUCCUUUGCUGGUAACGCAGUAAGCCGAGUUGUCAUUGGAGCUUUUAAUGGUGUUAAGAAGUUCAACAAGUUGGAAAUGCAGAGCAAUCACCUAACGACUCUACCAGAGGGUUUGUUUGAACCGACAACUGAAAUCAUGGAGUUGUUUUUAGCGGAUAACGACAUAGUUUUUCUACCAGAGAAUCUGCUAGUCAACGCAACUUUAACCGACAUGCUUGACAUUAGCUCCAAUCGUCUCCCAUCCAUCCCUGAUGGCUUAUUUCGCAAUCAGACCAAGCUAAGGAGACUCUUUAUCCAACGCAAUCAAAUCAGGGUCCUCAACAGAGAGAUGUUCAAGGAUCUUGACUCUCUGGAAUUUCUUAUGCAUAAAAAGGGGCCUAUCAUUUACAAAAUACACUGUUUACAAGCAACCAAACUGCAAUUCUUGUUAUAUUUCUAUAGAUUCGCAUUUGACAAUCCUGUCACUGAGAUACAAGACUGGCUUUUUUACAACACCCAGCUCACGAAUUUAUACAUGUUCCAAAACAAUCUUUCAUCGAUUGGAAAGAGGCCAUUUGCCACCGUCAAUAACACAAUCAAACAGGUAUCGUUGUAUAACAGUCAUUUGACAACUAUUUCCGAUGUCGUUUGGCAAGAUUUGGGUUCCAACGCCUAUGUGGCUGUUGAUAAUACCAUUCAGUUUGCGCCUGCCACAAACCGGACUGACCUGAAAAUUGAGUUGGUUGGUGAUGGGUUCGCCCUACCGAUACGUGUAUCAAAGACAAUGGCAGGACUCUUCAAUGAUUCUGGAUUCACCUGCUCAAAAACUGGCUUCAAAGUUCUUCCGUGGCGAUGUGUGCCCUGUGCACAGGGGUAUUAUGGAGAUCCGCAGAAUAGUGUGUGUAAAGCAUGCCCACCAGGAGGUUUUUACCAAAUCAAGACUGGACAAGUAGCAGACAAAUCGCAGCCCAUCAACUGUAAAAAGUGCAACAAUGGAACCUACGUCACCCCAGCUGCUCACCCUGGUAUCAGCCCUGCAGAUUGCACCGUGUGUCCUACAGGUACCAAUAAAAGUCUCCAUGCAGGGUUCCGCGCAUGCUCAUGUCUUGAUAAGUAUUACCGUAAAGAUCGGUUUGGUGAGUGUUAUCGUUGCCCAGACGAAGGUCUUAACUGUUCAGGGGAGUAUCAACACCUCUUACCUGGAUUCUGGUGGACUUGGAACUGGGGCUCAAACGACAACUACAAAGCAUAUCGGCGUUUUGUUGUAAACAUGAGCAGCAGAAACGAUUCUUACAAUAGUAGCACGCAGCAUUUUAGGGGAGUGUUGCCUAAGGUACAUCCGUGUCCACGUAAGGAGUCCUGCUUGAAUGAAGGUGAUGGUAUCAAUGUCACUUGUGAGGUUGGUUAUGAAGGUUGGCUUUGCUCUGAAUGCAGUGUGGGGUACUACGCGUGGUUUGAUAGCUGUCAUGUGUGCCCAAAGUGGUGGUGGUUCUUACUUGAAGUCGUUCUGUUGCUGGUCGUCUUGGCAGUGGUAAUACUCGUCAUCGCUUGGGAUGUGCGGAGAAACCAGAGAAAAGGACGGUCAGCCAUUGAUGUGAUCUUUGCUAGGGGGAAAAUCUUGCUGGGAUUCUAUCAGGUGAUGGGCGAGAUAUUCUCUGCCCUUAAUGAGAUUCCCUGGCCGAAUAUUCUGACCAAGUUUGGGUCAUUUUUGAGACUACUGGAGAUGAAUAUUGUCCAACUGGUUAUCAGUCCCCGCUGCUACUUUCCAGACUUCACCUACCGCAAUGUGUACAUUGAGUAUUUGUUUGGGAUGAGCUUAGUUGCGUUCGUUGUGUUGGCAGCAUUGUGUUUCUAUUGGGUUUCUAAGUGCUACUUUGCGGUCAAGAAAUGCACUGUUGAAGAGCGUGUCAAGGUUUUGUCAACUACAAGGCAGAAAUGUUACCUGUUUGUUGUCAUGCUUCUCUUUGUGUCAUAUCCUGGCCUGUCCGGUGUUAUCUUCACCCUCUUGCCUUCUGGCUGCGACCUGUUCUAUCUAGAUGAGAACGAGACAUACAAUGCUACGAGACUUCGAUCCGAUUACUCUAUCGACUGUCAAGACGAGCAGCAUGUUCAUUUCAACCAUGCUGCCGAAGUUUCUCUCUGUUAUGUUGUUGGCUUUCCGUCCUUGCUGUUUGUAUUUCUGUGGAGAAGCAACAGACAAGACAAGAGGAAGAAUUCGGAGGAGCAGCCUUUGCUUGAAUCGGCAGUAGAUGAUCCGAGUUACUGCAGCAUUAAUGAUCCAACUUUGCCACCAAGAAAUGAAGAUGAUUCCUCACUUAAUCAAUCAGGCAUCAACCUCCUAAAUCCCAUACAGCAAAGUCAGGCGGACAUCAGCUGGAAAAGUUUCCUCAGUGGAAACUACAAAGCAGAGUUCUGGUAUUGGGAAAUUGUUGAGCUCUCUCGCAAGAUAAUUCAAACGCUGUUUGUGCUGCUGUACGGCCCAGAUGAUCACUUCACCAUGUUUGCAACCAUCGCCAUAUCUGUUGGGUUCCUGCUCCUACAUGCAUAUGUGAGACCGAUGAAAGAUGCCACCGAUAACCGUCUACAGAUGUGUUCCCUUGCAACCAUCUUCCUGAAUCUCCUGGCAGCUUCCUUGCUCCUGUCUCCUGCUGGAGGUGGCACAGAGAGAACCGAAGUCCUUGCGGCUAUCCUAGUUCUGAUGAACUUCAGCAUCAUUGUGUUUGUCAUAGGUACGCAUUUACUAAAUCAAUCAUCUUGA